AGCAGAGACAAAUUAUCGAUUAAAUUAAAAUGCCACGUCAUUGUUCACUGUAAUCAACCCCAAAUAAAAUGCCCUAAUUUGAAAUCGAACACACCACCAAAAUUUGAAGCGCAGAGAGUAGUGAAAUAAAAUAGAAAAGAAAUGAGCAGCGGCAGCUUGUCGUCGGCGGGAGUGGCUGCGCCGUCUUCAUCAACAAUGGACGACGAUCACCAUCUGCAUCAUGAACUAGCUCUAGCGGCGGCGGCGGCGGCGGAUGUUAACGGAAUCUCGAUUCUAGAUAGCAAGGAUCAAGCCCUACUUGCUCUGAAAUCGGAUUUAAUGGCCAAACUCAAUAAAGAGGUCAAGUCCCUGGAUGAUGACAGCUGGAUGUUUGAUGGACCUCGAUCUUGCAUUCACCAAAUUCUGGGACCAGGUGGUCUUCGACACAGGCGUGCAGAAAUCUCAACUCGUCGUGACAUACAAAAAUGAUUUAGAGCUGGUAUCUAUUUUCGUCACUUGCAAGUGAGCUUGAUCUGAAAUACGGUUAUAUGGAAAGGUACUUUUACUGAAGAAAUCGUAAUUGUAGCAGUUGGCCUAGAAAUCUGUAUGUUUAUACAAUGUAACAAUAUCUUUUGAAACGAAACGAAAUGAACGUUUCUGAAACUUGUUCCAAUAAGUAACUAAUAUUUUCUACU